UCCCGCGCUAGAGAGAAACAUGUAUCGUUUCCGAUCACAGCUCUUCACGGGGAUUUCUGCUGCUGCCACCGCCCACUCGUACCCCCGCCGCUUCUCGCCUCUGUUGUUAGCCGAAGACUCGCCUCUUAGCCGCCCGCCGCACAGACGCACGAGUAAAAAGUGCAGCUCCAUCGGCUGAUCCUCGCUAAGCUCCGAGUUUAGGCGGCACCGGGCGUCCCACGAUGCCGAAGAAUAAGAAGCGGAACACUCCCCACCGCGGUGGCAGUGGUGGCAGCGGCUCAGGGGCAGCUGCAGCGACGGCGGCGACAACAGGUGGCCAGCAUCGAAAUGUUCAACCUUUUAGUGAUGAGGAUGCAUCAAUUGAAACAAUGAGCCAUUGCAGUGGUUACAGCGAUCCUUCCAGUUUUGCUGAAGAUGGACCGGAAGUCCUUGAUGAGGAAGGAACUCAAGAAGACUUAGAGUACAAAUUGAAGGGAUUCAUUGAUUUGACCCUGGAUAAGAGUGCGAAGACAAGACAGGCAGCUCUUGAAAGUAUUAAAAAUGCACUGGCUUCAAAAAUGCUUUAUGAAUUUAUUCUGGAAAGAAGAAUGACUUUGACUGACAGCAUUGAACGCUGCCUGAAAAAAGGUAAGAGUGAUGAGCAGCGUGCGGCUGCAGCAUUAGCGUCGGUUCUUUGUAUUCAGUUGGGCCCUGGAAUUGAAAGUGAAGAGGUUUUAAAAACUCUUGGACCAAUCCUAAAGAAAAUAAUUUGUGAUGGAACAGCUAGUAUCCAGGCUAGGCAAACUUGUGCAACUUGCUUUGGUGUUUGCUGUUUUAUUGCUACAGAUGACAUUACUGAGCUGUAUUCAACUCUGGAAUGUUUGGAAAGUAUCUUCACCAAGUCCUAUCUCAAAGAGAAAGACACUAAUGUUAUAUGCAGCACCCCUAAUACAGUGCUUCAUAUCAGCUCUCUUCUUGCAUGGACAUUAUUACUGACCAUAUGCCCAAUCAAUGAAGUGAAGAAAAAGCUUGAGAUGCAUUUCCAUAAACUUCCAAGCCUCCUCUCUUCUGAUGAUGUCAACAUGAGAAUAGCUGCUGGUGAAUCUUUGGCACUUAUGUUUGAAUUGGCCAGAGGGAUGGAGAGUGACUUUUUUUACGAAGACAUGGAGUCUUUGACGCAGAUGCUUAGGGCCUUGGCUACAGAUGGAAACAAGCACCGUGCCAAAGUGGACAAGAGAAAGCAGCGAUCGGUGUUCAGAGACAUCCUGAGGGCAGUGGAGGAACGGGAUUUUCCAACAGAAACUGUUAAAUUUGGCCCUGAACGAAUGUAUAUUGAUUGCUGGGUCAAAAAACAUACCUAUGACACCUUUAAGGAAGUUCUUGGAUCAGGGAUGCAGUAUCAUUUGCAGUCAAAUGAAUUCCUUCGUAAUGUAUUUGAACUUGGACCCCCGGUGAUGCUUGAUGCUGCAACACUUAAAACGAUGAAGAUUUCUCGUUUUGAAAGGCACCUGUAUAACUCCGCAGCCUUCAAAGCACGAACGAAAGCUCGAAGCAAAUGUCGAGAUAAGAGAGCAGAUGUUGGAGAAUUCUUCUAGAUUUUCAGCACUUGGAAGACCACUUUCUAAUUUUGUUUUUUUUUUUUUGGUAAUUUCUAAUGUAUUUAAAUUAGAGACAGUUUUUCUCUAGGGUCAGCUUAGAUAGCUUUUGUAGCAGGGGUUAUAUUAUAAUUUAAUGUGUACAGUAUUGCAAAUGGUGAGUUCUGAUUAUUGAAUAUUCUCUGUAAAUCAUUAAACAUAAAUAAAGUGUAAUGUUUGGUCAUUUUCUA